AUGAAACAAAUUCUAAGUAAAACAGAUUUUAAAGUAUUUAAAACUGGUAAAAUUGUAAUUUUGUAAUGAUACUCUUGAUUAAUUAAACAAAUAUAUUAGUCUUACGAUAUACAUUUAGUAGAAAUCUUGCAAGAAAAAUUCUUUAGAUUUAUCCUUUGUAAGUUUUAUAUAUAUAUAUAUAUAUUUAUUGUUUCCCAUUUCUCAAAGUACAAAUUAUUUAUUCGAAAAAUUUCAGAAUGUUUUCGCUGGUUUCCGGUUGUCGUUACAUGUAAAGGGAUCGUUACGCAAAAUGCGUAUACAUCCCAGAGCAGAGAGUAAUUUCUCGUAAAGCAAGAAUUAAUUGAACAGAUUAAAAAGAAUGCUUGAGAUAUAUUACACGACUUAAUUAGUUACGUUUUUGUGUAACAAUUAUGUUAUAGUUAUAGUUGGGAAUCACAUAUCACAAUUAAAUGCAAUCUGUGGUGAAAAUAACUGGCAACAGUGUCGAAACUUUCUUCUCGAUGUAAACAUAACCUGUACAAUAUGGUCUUCCACGAUUUUAUUCAUAAUAGUACGUUUAUUUGUGAUAAUACGUUUCGUCAUGGUGAUAACUCCAUUUCGAUCACUGGUUCUCUGUGGUGAAAGUAGGCAAGAAAUGGAAGAUUGGUUGAAUGCACUAAGAACAGUAACAAAGAAUCGUUCCCAGAUAGAUUCUGGAAUUGCAGAAAUGCUUAGUGGCAAUCAUCAUUGGUAUGCAACAAGUCAUGCGAGACCAACGUAUUGUAAUGUUUGCAGGGAUGCUCUUUAUGGUGUUACUUCUCAUGGUUUAAGUUGUGAAAUAUGUAAAUAUAAAAUUCAUAAACGAUGUAGCAUAAAAGCAAUAAAUAAUUGCAAAUGGACCACAUUGGCAUCUAUUGGCAAGGACAUUAUUGAGGACCAAGAUGGGGCUUCAAGAUUGGAGAUGUUUAUGGUGUAGAGCUACAGUACAUACAGCUUGUAGACCUGCCAUAAGUGUUAAGUGUCCAUUAGGACCAGUUAAAUUGAGUGUAGUUCCUCCUACAGCACUGCAUAGUAUAGGUAGUGAUGAAGCUUGGGAAGCUACAAGACCUACUGGAUGCAGCCCACUUUUAGUAUUUGUAAAUAGUAAAUCUGGUGACAAUCAAGGUAUUAAAUUUCUUAGAAGAUUUAAACAAUUAUUAAAUCCAGCACAAGUAUUUGAUCUUAUAAAAGGAGGACCAGGACCAGGGUUAAGAUUAUUUCGUCACUUUGAUCCAUUUCGUAUUUUGGUAUGCAGUGGAGAUGGAUCUGUUGGUUGGGUUCUUUCUGAAAUUGAUCGCCUUGGAAUGCAUAAGCAGUGUCAAGUUGGAGUUCUACCAUUGGGAACUGGAAAUGAUCUGGCUCGUGUAUUGGGUUGGGGAUCUUCUUGUGAUGACGAUGCUCAUUUACCCCAGUUGUUAGAAAAAUAUGAAAAAGCAGGCACAAAAAUGCUUGAUCGAUGGAGUAUUAUGACUUUUGAACGUAGCAUAUCUUUGCCAUGUCCUAAAAGUGCUUUAAGUCAGUCUAACACUACAUUAAAAUCUAGUAUUACUCAUCAAUAUGAGGAUAAUGUUAUUAGUCAUAUAACAAACAUUUUGGAAUCAGAUCAAGAAAAUGUAGUUUUAUCUAGUAUUAAAAUUUUAUGUAACACAGUAAAAGAUUUUGCAACAUAUAUAAUGGAAAAUAUAAACUCAGAGGACCAACAUGUGGAAGAAAAGUGUAAGAUACUUCAACAAAAACUUGAUUUGUUUUUAGAAAUAUUGUGUAAAGAAGAAGGAUAUCUAAAUGAGAAUUUAGAUGAUGCAGACAACAUUACUUUAACUACUGAAAAUUCUGUUUCACCUGAUAUUUGUGAAAAAGGAGUAUUAGAGAAACCGGAAAAAGAUAUAACAAAUUUGAAAAAAGUUCAAAAAAAGAGACAACUCAUAGAAAAAGAAACAGUAAUGUCAAGGGCAAAUAGUUUAAAAAGAAUUGUAAGAAAAAUUGUGGAAUAUUCUCAAUUGAUUACGGAUGAUCAGAUUAACAUAAAUACAAAAGAUGCUACUAAAGUAGGAAAUAGUUCACUAGACGACGAUACUAUAAUAAAUUCAAUAUCAAAUAAAAGACAGCAGCUGGAUAUUCCUGGUUUAAGAGUGGACCAUGUUGAUAAUUUAUCUGUAGGACCAUUAAUAGAAUCUGUAAAAAGCACAGAUAAUUCAACGUGUACUAGUCCAACGCCUAAUGUAGCAUCUCUGAGUCCAAUACCUGAUCUUAGAAGAGAUUCUCAACCUGAAGAAUUAUUAACAUUACCUGCACCUGAUGGUUUUGCUGAUAGUAGACGAAAUAGUGAAAAUUUGCAAAGUUCAUUUAACUUUCAUAUGUCUAUGGACAAUGAACAAGAAGCAGAAACACCAGAAUCUAAUGAUCAACAAAUAUCUGAUUCUAAUAACGUAGAAAUUUCUUCAGAUUUUCAAGUUAGUGUUACAAGAACUACUUUUGAUACAAGUUCACCUUCCGAAGAUGGAACUACACAAGACAUUUCUUCUGAAAUAGAUUCAAUCCAAUCACCAAUACAUGAAAAUAAAGCUAAGAUGGAAACAAUUAAAGGAUAUAUAAGUAGUGAUGCAUUUGAUUCUGAAAUUAGACAUAUUGAUUCUCCUGAUAAUUCAGAAAUGGUCACUAGUGAAAUACAAAAUUCUGAAAGUUUAAUGGGACAAGAUUUAACUAGUAUAAUAAAUGGAGAAGAAUAUGAUUCUGUAAGAGAGUAUUUAGAAAAUGAAUUAGAAAAUACUGAUCUUACAAAUGAAAUUGCUAAACGAUCAUUUAAAAGAUCAACAAAAAGUUCUUCUGUUAUAGAAAUAGAGAAUAAAAUUAAAUACAAAGUGGGAUCAACGGGACAGAAUGUAAACGAAGCGAAUAAGUUUAAAGAUUCUCACGAUGCCAAAGCAUCUGAUUUACUAAGUCCCGUAUGUUGCUUUACUGUAUCUUCGGAUGCAACUCCAACAAACGAAAAACAUAAUAACUUUCCACCUACAAUAAGUGUUAUCAUUAAUCCUCCCAGCCCAUCAAUGUCAAUUGAAAGUCAACACGAUUCAGAUGUAGAAUAUAAAAUGAAUCCUUAUUUAAGACGACACACUUGUGAAAUAAGUGUAGAGCUACCGGAAUCGGGUUUUUCUCCUCAAGCAACUCGUCGAAUUAGCAGUGGAAGUUUGUUAAAAGCAUCAGAGGUUGUUUCUUUGGCUGCUACAGCUGCGAGAUUUGGUGGUUCCAAUAUUAGUGGUGGAACAGGACUUAUUAGUCAAGCAUUACUUGCAAAUGCAGAUGCACUUUGUGCUGCAGUAUCACCAUUAAUGGAUCCUGAUGAAACAUUAAUGGAAGGUUAUUUUGAACGUUGUGUCAUGAAUAAUUAUUUUGGAAUUGGCAUAGAUGCAAAAAUUAGUCUUGAUUUUCAUCAUAAGAGAGAAGAACAUCCUGAAAAAUGUCGAUCGCGGGCAAAGAAUUACAUGUGGUAUGGUGUAUUAGGAUCUAAACAAUGGUUACAAAAAACAUAUAAAAAUCUUGAACAAAGAGUACAUUUCAUGGGUGGUACAAAUUUUUGGGGAGGCACAAAAGAAGGAGAUUUGUUUUUAGCACCUUCAUUUGAUGAUCGUAUAUUAGAAGUUGUAGCUGUGUUUGGUUCUGUUCAAAUGGCUGCAUCACGAUUAAUUAAUUUACAACAUCACAGAAUUGCGCAAUGUCAAACAGUUCAAAUUAAUAUUUUGGGUGAUGAGGGAGUACCCAUACAAGUUGAUGGUGAAGCUUGGAUUCAACCUCCUGGCAUUAUACGUAUUAUACAUAAAAAUCGUAUGCAAAUGCUUUACAGAAAUAGGGCACUUGAAACAUCUUUAAAAACAUGGGAGGAAAAACAACGCAAUACACUCAAUGCAAUAUCUCAGUCAGUAUCUACUUUAAGCAAUACACCAUUGCAAUCACAACCUAAAUCUUUACAAACACAUAAUAAACCAUCAUUUUUAAAUGAUGAUGAAAUGUAUAUUCUGCUGGGAUUUAUCGAAGUGGUUACAACUUUAGUCAAAUGGGUCAAACUUCUCAUUAUAUCACAUCCUAGUUUGGAACCAGAUUUGUACCAAGUUGCAGCACGAACAGCGCAAGCUCUUGAACAAGUUCACCCAGAUGGGAAAAUUUUACAAGGAAAAUUACGGGAAGAUUUAGAAAAUAAACUAUCAUUUUCUUUGGCCAGUAUGGAACAAGAAUUAAAAAAAUUUACAUUUGAUGAAGGAGGUACAGGAUUAGUAUAUUUGCAAAACUUACCAUCAGAUGAACAGGGAGAUAAAAAGAAUCGUCAUAGAGGUUUAUUCUGGUUAAAGUUUCGACGAUCAGGAGUUAAUUCUGGAACAAAUCCCAUACGAGAUCAAGUUACUACAUGGGGUGUACAAGAAGUGUGUUCCUGGCUGGAGAAUUUACAAUUAGGUGAAUAUACUGAUAAAUUUGUUUCCCAUGAUAUACGAGGUAGAGAAUUAUUAUCAUUAGCUCGUAGAGAUCUCAAAGAACUUGGUAUUACUAAAGUAGGACAUGUUAAACGAAUCUUACAGGCUAUCAAUGAUUUAAAUAAUUAGUCAUAACUAAUUUAAAUAUUUAAAAGUAUAAAAUAUACAAUCAAUAAAAUAAUCUGUUAUGCCAGUUAAUAAUUAUUCAGAUAUUGUAAAAUGUAGGUUUUGAAUAUAUAGAUCAUUUAAAAAGUAGGACAAGGAUCGAAUCCUUAUAUUAUGAUUAAAAAUUUUAUGUAAUACAAAUAUAACAUAAAUAUUCUAAUAAAAAGGGCACUUAGUGUGACACAGCAGUGUUAUAAGAAAAUUAUUUUCUACACUGCUGUACAUGAUAAAAUAAUGUUAUUUGUGCCAAACUGGUUCUAUGUCAAAAGACAAAUGAUUAUAUAGAAAUUAUAAGAAAAACUUUUUAUCCUUUAAAAAUACAAAUAUGUUAUAGUCAUGUCUAAAAGAUAUAUUUUAAUGCAAUUCCUAUUACAAAAUAUUGUUAGACAUGAGCAUAGCAUC